CGACCUACACAUUCACAUUCCCCUUCCUUAAGCAGCCCGGGCCAACGUGGGCAGGCUGCUGCAGACUUCUGUCUGCUUAAUUUAGACCAAUUUGUGAAAGAAUAAGGUGCACCGUUCAAAAUGGUGUUGUACAACUUUAAGAAAAUUGCCGUCGUGCCGACGGCAAAGGACUUUGUGGACAUCACUCUUUCGAAGACUCAGCGAAAAACACCUACGGUUGUGCACAAACAGUACAAAAUAUCUCGUAUUCGUCAGUUUUAUAUGCGCAAGGUGAAAUUCACUCAACAGAAUUUCCAUGAUAGACUUUCUCAAAUUAUUCAAGAAUUCCCAAAAUUAGAUGACAUCCAUCCUUUCUAUGCUGAUUUAAUGAAUGUCUUGUAUGACAAAGAUCAUUUCAAGCUAGCCUUAGGUCAGCUUAAUACUGCAAGACAUUUAGUCGACAAUGUUUCAAAGGAUUAUGUCCGCCUGCUCAAGUUUGGUGACUCUUUAUAUAGAUGUAAGACUCUUAAGAGGGCAGCACUUGGAAGAAUGGCUACAAUUAUGAAACGCCAGGCACCCAAUUUACAGUAUUUGGAACAUGUAAGGCAGCAUCUUGCUCGUCUCCCAUCGAUUGACCCCUACACACGGACAAUCCUCAUAACGGGUUUCCCUAAUGUGGGAAAAUCAAGCUUUGUGAAUAAGAUUACCAGAGCUGAUGUAGAGGUUCAACCUUAUGCUUUCACAACUAAAUCUUUGUAUGUUGGACAUACAGAUUACAAGUACCUCAGGUGGCAAGUGAUUGACACACCUGGUAUCUUGGAUCAUCCUUUGGAAGAGCGAAAUGUUAUUGAAAUGCAAGCAGUAACAGCUUUGGCUCAUCUCAGAGCUUGUGUUUUAUACUUUGUAGAUCUAUCUGAACAGUGUGGGCACACUAUUGAAGAGCAGGUUCAAUUGUAUGAGAGUAUUAAACCACUUUUCGCCAACAAACCUUUGCUAGUUGUGCUGAGCAAGUCUGAUGUUCUGAAGUUAUCAGAGCUGCCUGCGGACCGCCGAGAGGCUUUCAAGCCAUUUCAGCAGGAAGGCGUGCCCCUUAUUGAAAUGAGCUCUUUAACAGAAGAGGGAGUUAUGCAAGUUAAAACAGAAGCCUGUGAGGCUCUGCUUGCUUUCCGUGUGGAUCAGAAAUUGCGCACCAAAAAGGUGGAAGGUGUCUUGAACAGACUCCAUGUUGCACUACCAGCUCAACGUGAUGGAAAGGCUCGCCCUCCUUGCAUACCAGAGAAAGUUGCUGAGAAAAAACUGAAAAUGGAUGGUUGUGCGACUGGCCGGAAGCUUGAAAAGGAUAUUGAAGAAGAACUUGGAGAUGAAUACACUCUUGAUUUGAAAAAGAAUUUUGAUAUCCGCGAUGAGUGGAAGUAUGAUAAGAUACCGGAAAUGUGGAAUGGUCACAAUAUUCAGGAUUUCAUUGAUCCAGAAAUUCUUGAGAAAUUAGAGAAACUAGAACAAGAAGAAGAAUUACGUAUUCAGUCUGGCUUGUACGCCAUUCCCAAGAUGGAAAUGGAUGAAACUAUGAAGGAGAUUAGAGAGUUGGCUAGGCAAAUUAGAGACCGGAAAUCUAUUAUCCGUCAAGAGUCUCAAGUGAAGAAACAAUCUACUAAGCCUGUCACUCCAAGAACAACCACAGCUCGCGCCAGGGAACGUUCCGUUGGUAGGCUGAGGGAAGAAUUUGAAAACCUUGGUGUUGAUAUGAGUGAAACCGACAAGGCUAACUUUACCCAGACCCGAGGCAGAGCGCGGUCACUUAAUCGACCCUUGCUGAAGAGAGCAAGAUCAGGUGCUGAUGAUGAUGAAGAGCCAAGGUCUAGAAGUACCUCCAAGGGAAGGUCAUUAUCUCUGGCUCCUACAAAGCGUUUGAGAAUGGACUCUGAAGGACGAGCUAGAAGUGUUUCUAAACCACCCAGAGAUGAAAUGGGUAUCAAGGAUGUUGUGAUGAAAAAGAAAUUGAAGAAUGUUGCCCACAAGGCCAUAGCUAAGAAAGUUGGAAAAACUGGUCUCAAGGGUGAAGCAGAUCGUUUUAUUGGAACCAAGAAACCAAUGCAUCUUUUCUCUGGGAAACGUGGCAUGGGCAAGACAGACCGACGAUAAAACCAUGUUUAUAUUAUGUUUUCUGAAAAUUUCAUUGUUGGUUGGUUAUAACUUCUUAGUAAUUGAGCUGAAACUUAAAACAUUAUUUGAACUUCUGUUGUACAUAUUGAAUUCUAUGUAACUUAACUUCCACAAAUUGUAUCAUAUUCCUGCCAGCUCUGAUAAUUGUAAUAGCUUCCUUCCCCCUUAGCUUAUCAGCAAUGAGCAAAGAGCUUAGCUGAAAAUGAUUGAAGAAUCAUGUUGGUGAUUCAUAUACAAAAAAUGAAAUAAAUGAUAAAACUGAAAA